UAUCAGCAGUGCAGUUAUUUCUCCCUCUAAACUUAUUUACAGUAUAUUACUACACACAGUUUGGAAAAAUUUCUCGAAACGAUAUCCAGUUGUCUCAGGUCUACCAUUCCAAAAGUGUUUGGAAUGUAAACGGUCAAAAUUUGAAAGAAGUCCUUCAGUAUCUUUAUAUCAUAUUUUAACUUAAACAAAGCUCAAAAUGUUGAUUAGAUUUCUAGCCUGGUUGAAUUAGGAAUAUGGUUUAUCAUUCAAAAAAUUUUGCAUUAAAUACAUUCUCCCUCUGAAUAUCUGGUGUAAUAAGCACUCUACCAUUCAGUUGAGAGAAUAAGAGCAUAUUUUGUAGAAGUGCAUCAUUACGUAAACCUCAAUCGUGCAAAUUACUAUCAAUUACGGCCGGUUUCAUUUCACGCUUGCUUGAAGUGCAUAAAUCUUCAAAGAAGGAUCUAGCCCUUUAUAGAUAUCUGGAGAUGGUUAUGUUCGAAUGAAAUAUUAGUAAAUCUACUUAAAUGCAUUCUUAUCAGUAACUUAGUAUGACGGGUUUUCAGUCGUGUUUUAAAGCGUCUAGCUUUAUGCCCCUCAAGAUUGCUAUGCUGGGCAAAUUAUUGCUAAUAAGUUACCUCUACAAAGUUUGAAGAACAAAAAUUCUACGCAAAAGAGACCAUGGCCAGAAAACAUUGUUUCUUUUUUCUUUUUUUGCUUUUUUCUUUUUGUUUUGUUUUGUUUUGUUGUUUUGUUCAUUUAAAGUCAAAUUUUGAGCAAAUCGUUUUGAAAAAAGCCGAAAGCAACUCUCUCCUUCAAAGACUACUUAAGUUAUCCCCUAACGUAAUUAACCGUUAUCUUUUCUUUGAACUACAAUCCCCCUAUAUUUGAUUAGUUUCAUGGGAGACGCGUGCUACUAGGGUAACAAAAUAUAUCUGCUAAUGUGAAAUGCGUAAUAACAUCGCACAACUCACAUCUUCCACGCACUUGAGGCUUUGUGAGGAGAGGAAACUUAUGAUCAUGCAUUAUUUAAGUCGUAACGAGUAUUUGAUGUAGAAGCAAACGCGUCUCUUGGCUCGUGAACUUCACGAGCGGCAACCUUUCACGUCUACCAGAGGUAUCCGCAAUUAGAUUUCCAUUUACAUGCAUUAAAAGGAUUGUACUAAUUCCGUGCGUUGUUUUUCAAUUCAGUGACGUCACACGUUGUGUUACCAUUCGUUCCACGCAAGGACGAAGUCAGGUCAAAACAUCCACGAAUUGAAAUACCACUGAGCGACACGGGUCCGCUACAAUCGUGAAAGUACGCAGUGGUUUCGACUGCAAGCGAGUUGAAGAUAACCUCGCCAUGUCUGUUCAACAGUGUUUAGCUUGUAAUGCUGUGGUUCCCAAGUCAAGUAAGUCAUGCCAGUGUGGUCACGUUUUUGAAGAUGUCAAACAAAUCGCGGGAAAACGGUUUUCAGAGUAUCGAGCUGAGUUGUAUUGGCGACUAGAAAGCAAACGAAUGAAAGCGUUAUCAAAAGAGAACACUCCACUCAACGAAGUGACAUCCACUGAUGAAAAUAACAACGUCAGCAAAGAUGACAAACACAUCAACAACGAGAAAAUCGCGGAGCCUAUUGCUCGGUUAGCACCAGUCCCCAAGAAAAGAAUUCUUCAGCGCAGGGUGAAAGGCCUGUGUCCCACAAACAAAGGACUUCAUAAGCCUUCUAACGUGACCUACCAACGUGUUCCACCCACCAACGACAAAACUGUCUCACCUGAAGUUCUACACCGACUCUCUAAAGCCCUGGAAGAAAUUAACAAAAAGAUUCUAACGCAAAAUAUGGUGUGGAAAAACUUGGUAUAGGUGGAGUGCCAUAAAUGUCAUUUGAUUCCAUCAACUGUCUGACGAGUCAUUCAAACAUCGUCGGCAUUUACGAUGAAUUCUGGCAGAUAUUUUCAGGAAUGAAUAACCCACGGGGUGAAGAAUCAUCAAAUGACUAUCGUUGUUCACAUCAUUCGGAAUUCAUCUUUAAUAAGUCAAUUGUCACUUUGUACGACUAAUUGGUCACUCUGACACGAGGUACCAUGUCUGCAAACAAUUUAUUUAAUAAUUAAGUUGUCUCUUAGAGCUUUCGCCAUAUGCGUGUGCUCGUGAAAACGGCUAUAUGAAGACAGGAUUCAAGGGUAAUUAAAAUUUUUUUUUUCAAUAAAUACUCCUACGAAAUCAAUCGUCAGCACAGGGCAGAUGUGUUCGCGGAGUACGUAGGUAUUCAUACAUUUGAUAUCUAAGAUCAAAGAUAAAAAAAAGAAGUUCAAGUUUUAUGCCCAGGGCCGAACAUUUUCUUCGUGGUACGUCCGAGUGAGAAGGAGAAGGUGGGGAGUUGGAUGUUGAUUUAUCACGUGCAUGAGCCCAUCCAUAAGAAAGACGUCAUGCAUUGGACGAAGAUGCAAAGGUCGCCAACUAAAUUUACAUUGUUGCGAGUUAGAUGAACAGGCUUGAAUCAUAACGAGAAGCAAAAACAAGAACAGGGGGUGGGAGGAGGGGUUCAGAAUUAUUCGAAAGCGUUGUUGGCUCAGGAUGGAACGUGUUUUGAAGACGGCGAAACAGGGGUAAACGAAAGUGAAUCCAAUAAAGAUUCAAGAAA